AUGGAAUUAAAUGGACCAGCUUGCUUUGGUCAUUAUUGGCAUCCAAGUCAGGGCAGAGAUGGCAAUAACAGCAAGACGAGCUUGCUUAAUCAAGUAGCCCUUGUAGUACAGAGGAAAAAGAAACCCACCGUUGACGCUCCUCACUCAGCCAGUCCUCCGUCAUCGCCUCAUGCCUGCUUCCCCUCGUCGUCCACAACGCUCCUCACUCAGCCAGUCCUCCGUCGUCGCCUCAUGCCUGCUUCCCCUCGUCGUCCACAACGCUCCUCACUCAGCCAGUCCUCCAUUAUCUCCUCAUGCCUGCUUCCCCUCAUCGUCCACAGCGAAGAUAGCAAUGACCACUAG